CGAGACUCGGACAUUUUGGAAUGGUGAAAACUGAAAAUGGAAACCCUACCGCCUGUAUUCCACACGGGUAUUCAUUUAUGUAUUUACGUGAACGAAAGCUUCUUGUUGCCCUAAUACAUCAUUUCUCGCCUAUAUAUACUCUCAAACUGAUCAGAAUAAUCCCUGCUUUGUAUACUCUUCUGUUUGCCCGGCCGCAGAAUUCACUCAUCUAAAGGUGCCAUAAUCCACCAUGGGUAAGGAAAAGGUUCAUAUCAGUAUUGUUGUCAUUGGACAUGUCGACUCUGGGAAGUCAACCACCACAGGUCAUUUGAUCUACAAGUUGGGAGGUAUUGACAAGCGUGUGAUUGAGAGGUUUGAGAAGGAGGCAGCUGAGAUGAACAAGAGGUCCUUCAAGUACGCGUGGGUUCUUGACAAACUCAAGGCUGAACGUGAGCGUGGUAUCACAAUCGAUAUUGCUUUGUGGAAGUUUGAGACCACAAAGUACUACUGCACUGUCAUUGAUGCUCCCGGACAUCGUGACUUCAUCAAGAACAUGAUUACUGGAACCUCUCAGGCUGAUUGUGCUGUUUUGAUCAUUGAUUCCACCACUGGUGGUUUUGAAGCUGGUAUUUCCAAGGAUGGUCAGACCCGUGAACAUGCUUUACUUGCUUUCACUCUUGGUGUGAAGCAAAUGAUUUGCUGCUGCAACAAGAUGGAUGCCACAACCCCGAAGUAUUCGAAGGCUAGGUAUGAGGAAAUUGUCAAGGAAGUGUCAUCCUACCUCAAGAAGGUCGGAUACAACCCUGACAAGAUCCCCUUUGUUCCAAUCUCUGGGUUUGAGGGUGACAACAUGAUUGAGAGGUCAACAAACCUUGACUGGUACAAGGGACCAACCCUUCUCGAGGCUCUUGACCAGGUCAAUGAGCCCAAGAGGCCAUCUGACAAGCCUCUCCGUCUACCUCUUCAGGAUGUCUACAAGAUUGGUGGCAUUGGUACUGUACCUGUUGGCCGUGUUGAGACAGGUGUGAUUAAGCCUGGUAUGCUGGUCACUUUUGGGCCAACUGGUCUGACCACUGAAGUGAAGUCCGUUGAGAUGCAUCAUGAGUCUCUACAAGAGGCACUUCCUGGUGACAAUGUGGGUUUCAAUGUUAAGAAUGUUGCAGUCAAGGAUAUCAAGCGUGGGUAUGUUGCAUCUAAUUCCAAAGAUGACCCUGCCAAGGAAGCUGCCAGUUUCACCUCACAGGUCAUCAUCAUGAACCACCCUGGUCAGAUAGGAAAUGGUUAUGCACCAGUUCUUGACUGCCACACUUCCCACAUUGCUGUCAAGUUCUCUGAGAUAUUGACUAAAAUUGAUAGACGGUCGGGUAAGGAGCUUGAGAAGGAGCCGAAGUUCUUGAAAAAUGGAGAUGCUGGGAUGGUGAAGAUGGUUCCCACCAAGCCCAUGGUUGUGGAGACCUUUGCUGAGUACCCGCCUCUUGGGCGCUUUGCGGUGAGGGACAUGCGGCAAACUGUUGCUGUUGGAGUCGUCAAGAGUGUAGAGAAGAAAGAGCCCUCUGGUGCUAAGAUUACCAAGGCCGCCGCGAAAAAGAAAUGAAUCGAGUUUUUGCUUCCUUCGAAUGUGUUGCUUUGGUCAAUGUGUUGUCUUUUAAUACCUUGUUUACUUCGUGCCCAUUCUCAGAAUUGGGUACUGGAUAGGCGGUGGAGAGACUUUACUUUUCUGUUGGACUUUGUUUUAUGAGUUUUUUUGUACUGGGUGCCCUUUUCUAUCUUGAAUUUAGUGGUUCUCAGAGUUUUGUUCGCAUCCAGUUUAUGUUGGACUUUGAUGGAAAUGUAAUUCUGUUUUCCUAGCUUAUACUAUCAUACUCCACCGCCUAUACUGGGUGCCCUUUUCUAUCUUGAAUUAUAAUGUGUUUGUUUGAGCUGUGUAGUUCAGGAAGGUAUAUUCCUUGUAUUCUUAUAUCAAGGGGAGGUGGGUAGGGAUGGGCCUGGUAUGGGUCGGGUUGGGCCUGGUUUGUACUGGGUGCCCUUUUCUAUCUUGAUUUUAGUGGUUCUCAGAGUUUUGUUCGCAUCCAGUUUAUGUUGGACUUUGAUGGAAAUGUAAUUCUGUUUUCCUAGCUUAUACUAUCAUACUCCACCGCCUAUACUGGGUGCCCUUUUCUAUCUUGAAUUAUAAUGUGUUUGUUUGAGCUGUGUAGUUCGGGAAGGGAUAUUCCUUGUAUUCUUAUAUCUAGG